AUGCGCACCACAUUCGUUCGUGAGGUCGUAACAGGCCUCGAGUCGGCCGUCAGAUCCUCGCAGCGCAACACCACUCGCACGCGUGCAUCGCAUCUCGCGCCAUCAACCUACAGAAGUUUCAACUCACAGACUCGCCGCUAUGAUGGAGCCACCCCUGCCACUUCGAACACUGCUGCUCCUCGCGCCCCUGCCGCUCAAUCAUCAUACGCACCCAAACCCGCCGCUCAAGCUCCUGCUGCACCAAGCGAGCCUGUGCGAUCGCUCACCGACGGCCUAAGUGAUCCUCCACCUACCCUUGACGAAGGCGAGAAGCAAGUCGACUGGUCCCGUUCGUUCCAUGGCAUUUCUUCAACACCUUUUAGCUCUGAAGCUGCCGCUAUUUUGACACAAGAGAUCCCCUUUGACGAUAUUGAAAUCAAGCCCGACGGAAUCAUUUAUCUACCCGAGAUCAAGUACAGAAGAAUUCUGAACAAGGCCUUUGGUCCUGGCGGCUGGGGCCUUGUGCCCCGUGGCGAGACCAUCAUUACUGGCAAGUUGANNCUUGUUUCGAUAGCCCGUGGCGAGCAACAGUACUUUGACCCUGACGGCAUUCCUACUGCGACCGAGGGCUGCAAGUCAAAUGCUCUCAUGCGCUGCUGCAAGGACUUGGGUAUCGCGUCUGAACUCUGGGACCCGCGAUUCAUCAGAAGAUACAUGAAAGAGAUGGGCAAGGAGAUUAUUGUCGAGCACGUCAUGACAAAGAAGAGGAGAAAGCACUUUAUGAGAAAGGAUGACGAGUUGAAGUAUCCCUUCAAGGAGGUUGUUAUUCCUGGCCAGACUCCUGCUAGGAAGUAA